UGCCAUGAAGUCUCACCCAACAAUAUAACCAGAAGAAGAAAGAAUAACAGUAACACCAGCCAUGGCUAAAAGCAGUUCAGUUUUCUUCUCCUUGUUCAUUUGUUUCAUCCUCAUUUCCUUUGUCACCUUUGCUCCAUCGGCUGAAUCACAAGCUCAGUCUUGCGAUUAUGGCCUAGCUCAAGCGAUAGCACGAGAAAACUGCAAGGGAGAAGACACAAGUUUCUGUGAAGCCAAAUGUAAAGGCUUGUCGGCCGCAUUAGUACUUGGUGGUUACGGUUGCGAGCAAAACCCUGCAGACGCAACUAACUCUUACUGUGUCUGUUGUUAUGAGCUUGAGUUUUGUGACAGUGGAUCUUGGUUAUCAUCGUUUUCAUCAAAAAUUCUCUUUAAAGGCCUCAGGGAGUAAGAUCAAAAUCACUUGAUCUAGUCUAGUUGCCCCUAGCUAGCUCUCAAUGGUCGUUUAGCACUAGGGCUAAAUAAUGCAUCAAUUGCAACCAUUUCUGGUGUCUUGUGUAUUUCUGGUUUAGUUAUUUAUGUAUUUGGAUUGUCACCGAAUUAAGUUACGGAUUAGGGGUUUGUGUGCAAUCAUCAAUCUGUCGUCAGCUGUUGUUACUGUUUUAUUUAUAAAAGAUUAUCUAAUGAAAAGCGGAAAAUCCUUUAUUUGUUA